GUUCCAGGCACACGAGUGCAUGUCCAGCCAUCUGGAGCAGAAGAUUUGUUCAGCCAGGAAAACUUUUUUAACCCUUCAAGUGUCAAAAAAUUAAUUUAAACAGGGAAAGGACAUACUAAUCAUUAAAAAUGGUGUUAGCAGAUUUAGGGCGUAAGAUAACGUCCGCUUUGCGCUCCCUAAAUAAUGCAACUGUCAUAAAUGAAGAGGUCUUAAAUUCUAUGCUAAAAGAAAUAUGCGCGGCAUUACUCGAAGCUGAUGUGAAUAUUAAGUUGGUGAAGAAAUUGCGAGAAAAUGUUCGACAAGUCAUCGAUUUUGACGACAUGGCAGGAGGUCUCAAUAAAAGACGAAUGAUCCAGAGUGCCGUCUUUAAAGAACUCGUUAAAUUGAUUGAUCCUGGAGUAAAAGCAUAUCAGCCUGUAAAAGGUCGGGCAAAUGUAAUCAUGUUUGUAGGAUUGCAAGGUUCUGGUAAAACAACUUCCUGUACAAAACUAGCCUAUCACUACCUCAAGAAAAAUUGGAAGGCCUGUUUAGUUUGUGCUGAUACAUUCCGUGCCGGAGCCUAUGAUCAAAUUAAGCAGAACGCCACGAAAGCUAGAAUACCAUUCUAUGGAAGUUAUACAGAAAUCGAUCCGGUGGUAAUAGCUCAAGACGGUGUUGAAAUGUUUAAGAAGGAGGGGUACGAAAUUAUAAUUGUGGACACGAGUGGAAGGCACAAACAAGAAGAAUCUCUUUUCGAGGAAAUGUUGCAAGUUUCUAACGCAGUUAACCCAGAUAAUAUAAUUUUCGUGAUGGACGCAACGAUAGGUCAAGCUUGUGAAGCACAAGCGAAAGCUUUCAAGGAUCGCGUAAAUAUCGGUUCGAUUAUCAUUACAAAGUUGGAUGGUCAUGCUAAAGGUGGUGGAGCUCUUUCCGCAGUUGCAGCAACACAAAGUCCUGUGAUUUUUGUCGGUACCGGAGAACACAUUGACGAUUUAGAACCUUUCAAAACGAAACCCUUCAUAAGCAAACUUUUGGGAAUGGGAGACAUAGAAGGUUUAAUCGACAGAGUUAAUGAAUUAAAUCUCGAUGAUAACGAGGAGUUACUAGAAAAAAUUAAACAUGGUCAUUUCACGUUACGAGACAUGUACGAGCAGUUCCAGAAUAUUAUGAAAAUGGGUCCCUUCUCACAAAUCAUGGGAAUGAUUCCCGGAUUCAGUCAAGACUUUAUGACAAAAGGAACAGAGCAGGAAUCAAUGGCGAGACUAAAAAGACUGAUGACAAUGAUGGACAGCAUGAACGAUGCAGAAUUGGAUGAUAAAGAUGGCGCUAAAUUAUUCAGUAAACAACCAGGAAGACUUAAUAGGGUAGCACAUGGGUCAGGCGUGACCGAAAAAGAAGUGAAAGAAUUAAUCACGCAAUAUACGAAGUUUGCAGCUGUUGUUAAAAAAAUGGGAGGUAUCAAGGGUCUUUUCAAGGGAGGAGACAUGACGAAAAACGUAAAUCCAGCCCAAAUGGCGAAGCUUAAUCAACAGAUGGCGAAAAUGAUGGAUCCUAGAGUUCUGCAUCAAAUGGGUGGUAUGUCAGGUCUUCAAAAUAUGAUGAAACAAUUGCAACAAGGAGCCGCAGGCGGUUUAGGGAAUUUAAUGGGAGGAUUUGGAGGAAAAUCUUGAAAAAAUGUGAUUGGCAGAACAGCUGCUUGAGACUCUGAAUUAAAUAAAUAGCGUCACGCGUCGGCCAAGGGCUUGACUACCGUUUAUAUUGUAAUAAAUAUUUGUUUACAGCGAAUUAGCUUUUCGCAGUGAAGUGCUGCUAUAAAAUAAAUUGUAAUAAAGUCCUCUAUA